AUGGCUUUGAAAUGGGCCACACCGAGUUGGCACUUGACGAAUCCUCAGCAAGCAACUGCCAGUGGCCCUCAGCAGGAGUGGCGCGGCUGUGAGCCGCAGCAGCACCGGCAGGAGCUUGGGCUGCGGGGGUUGGAGGGGGUGGUGGCGAAGGUGGUGGCCUCCGAUGGGCACAACUGGCUCAAGUACGGCCAGAAAAGAUUGAACCAGUCCAGUGCCACCAGGUGCUACUACAAGUGCAGUCUUGCCAAGGCCAUCCCUCGCUGCCCUGCCAAGAAGACUGUCGACAUCAACAGCCCCGACUCUAUCCACGUCACUUACAAAUGCCGACUCCACAACCACCCAGGAGCUCCAACUCGGCGUACGCCCUACUACCCUAGCGCCCCUGUUGCUAACCUCCCUGGUGACCACCAUAUCAACCUUCCGGCUUCACAUGGCGCGGUUGGCUCCGCCGCAGCACCUGAGGCCAUUCAACUUGCUGCUUCUUGUGGCGACCUGGAGGCCCUCGUGCAAGCCGUACAGCAUGGGAGCGUGGGAGUGACUUGUGACGGAUGCGCUGCUGUGGCUAAUGGUUGUGCUCCUGUGGCCGAUGGCGCUGCUGCAUCGCAUGCCCGUGGAAGUUUUACCCACUGGGCAGCACCGACUGACGGCUGUGCUCCUGCGGCUGACGGCUGUGCUGCAUCCCACGCGUCUGGGAGCUUGAAGCAGAGGGAUAUACCAAUGAAGCUUGUUGUGGGUGCUGCUGGGGCUGAUGGCGCUCCUCUGGCUGACGGUCGGGGAUGGGCCGUCGCUGUGGCAACAACAGCAGGAGCAGGAGGAGCAGCAGCAGGAGGAGCAGCCCCAACAGCAGCAGCAGCAGCAGCAGCAGCAGCAGCAGCAGCAGCAGCAGCAGCAGCAGCAGCCCCAACAGCAGCAGCAGCCCCAACAGCAGCAGCAGCAGCAGCAGCAGCAGCAGCAGCAGCAGCAGCAGCAGCAGCAGCAGCAGCAGCAGCAGCAGCAGCAGCAGCAGCAGCAGCAGCAGCAGCAGCAGCAGCAGCAGCAGCAGCAGCAGCAGCAGCAGCAGCAGCAGCAGCAGCAGCAGCAGCAGCAGCAGCAGCAGCAGCAGCAGCAGCAGCAGCAGCAGCAGCAGCAGCAGCAGCAGCAGCAGCAGCAGCAGCAGCAGCAGCAGCAGCAACAGCAGCUGCUACAGCAGGAACAACCGCCAUCGAUGCACCAGCAACUGCAACCCAAUCAGCAGCAACAUCAAGAACAGCAACAUCCAUCGUGGAACUUGACGGCUUUGCUGCUGUCGUUUGCGGAUUCUAUCACAGAGCGCCCUGCCCAAGACAUUCUAGAGACCAUAUCUGCUGCUAUGCCUGGUGCUCUCUCCAGCCCAAGAGUCCCUGCCUCACAAUUUCUCACAGGAAGCCCCUUGCAAGUAACCGUGCCUCAUGGGUUCAAAAGGAAGAGAAGACUGAGGAGGUGUAUGCCAUGGGUGCAGCUUGGGGUGAGCCUACUCUCUCCGCCUACAACAGCAUCUGUGCCUGCGCAACCACCUCUGCCCAUGACUGCACAUGUGCGCAUAGAGAGCGUGAAGCGCCUGCAGAGCCACGUGCCUUGAGAAAUCAUGUGCAGACCACCAUCGUAGAGCCGCCCGCCCUCGUUCUGCAGCCCACCAUCAUUGAGCCGCCGCCCACCCUCGUUGAACCGCCCACCAUCAAUGAGCCUCCCACCAUCAUUGAACCGCCCACCAGCAUUGUGCGAUCAGCCGCAGAGCCCUGCGAGGUGGAAGAUCCAACAACAUCCACAACUCCCAUCACACCCAGGGCCAGCAGCACCAAUUCUGACAGGCCACCCAGCACCUUCUGCACACACCGCAACAAGGCCUGCAGCACCGCCAAGCAGGUGGUGGCUGCAUCUUUGAUCCCGGCAGAGGUGUUUUCGUUCCUUGGAGGAACCAGCACUAUUCGUGUUUCAGACUUUGCACCAGCAAGCAUGCGAAAAGACCUCCAGUCGUGGCUUGAUGAUGCCGUUCAGGAGGACAGGUUAUUCGAGAUUGAGUCCCUUCCCCAUGCCAAUCCCUAUUCUUAUACCUGUGCUUAUCCCAACUCCAUCCACAUUACUACUUCCGUCUACGUGCCCAUCCCAACUCGCAUCCCGCAUCCCUAG